AUGAGGAGUGGUGUAUUGGAGGAGAUUUUAAUUCGGUUAAGAAGGUCAGGGAGAGGAGUAGCAGGUCAGGGGGAAAUUGUUCUAAAGAGAGAUUUUUCAGAUUUUAUUGACAACUUGGAUUUAGUGGAAUUGUCAGUUGUAAGGAGUAAAUUUACGCGGAGAAGGUCAGAUUGCGACGUUAGUAAUAGACUUAGUAAAAUUCUUAUUUCAUCGGGUUUGGUUAAGAUGUGGAACUGCAAUGGUUUGGUAAUAGGGCUAAGAGACGUAUCAGAUCAUUGUCCGGUUUGGUUGAAGUACAAGGUUAUUGAUUGGGGGCCUAAACUUUUUAGAUUCGUUAAAGGUUGGUUUGAGCAUGGUAAUUUUUUAGACUUUGUAAUGAAGGAAUGGUCAAGUAUCAAGGUGGAGGGCAAAAAGACUUAUAUUAUGAAGCAGAAGCUUAAGAUUCUAAAGGGGAGACUCAAAUAG